GCUCGCGCCCGUGGACGCCGGGGAACUGCUGCCGCGGGCUCGCGCUCCCGCGUGGGCCUUGCCUUCGGGCUACAGUUCCCGGCCUGAAAUGAAGCGCCGGAAGCUUGCGUCUGGCGGCGCCGGUGCUGCCGGCCCAGCCCCUGCAAGCCAAGCGGUUUUGAGCAGAUUUUUCCAGUCUACGGGAAUCCUGAAAUCCACCUCCUCUCCUACGGGUGCAGCCAGGAAGGCGGACCCUGACACCGCAGCGCCCACAGCGUCCUCUUUCCCGCCUCAGUUGCCGCUGCGCGUGGCUGCAGAUAGAGACAGAAGUAAAAAGAGAUCUUUGACGAAUGAUGGACCUGUUAAAAAGAAAGCAAAGAAAGUCCAAGAAAAGGAAGGAGGGAGUGAUUUGGUAACACCUGGGAACCCUGAGCCAAAGAAAUGUCGGAGGACCAGGAUUGUUUUAAAGUCUCUGGAAAAAUUGAAAGCAUUCUGCUGCGAUUCUGCCCCUACUCAAAACAGAGUUCAGACAGAGCCUCUUCAGGAGAGAUUUGCAGUUUUGCCAAAAUGUACUGAUUUUGACGAUAUCGAUCUUCUACGUGCGAAGAAUGCAGUUUCUUCUGAAGAUUCCAAAUCUCAAAUUAAUCAAAAGGACAAGACACUUUUUGACCUCGGUCAUUUUGGAUCAUCACAUGGGAAUCAUGAGAAUGUACAGAAAUCUGAUCCUAAACCAUCUAACAAACGGACCAAAAGCAUCUACACACCCUUAGAAUUACAGUACAUAGAAAUGAAGCAACAAUAUAAAGAUGCUAUUUUGUGUGUGGAAUGUGGAUAUAAGUAUAGAUUCUUUGGGGAAGAUGCAGAGAUUGCAGCCCGGGAGCUCAAUAUUUAUUGCCAUUUAGAUCACAACUUUAUGACAGCAAGUAUACCUGCUCACAGACUGUUUGUUCAUGUACGCCGCCUUGUGGCAAAAGGAUAUAAGGUGGGAGUUGUGAAGCAAACUGAAACUGCAGCACUAAAGGCCAUUGGGGACAACAAAAGUUCACUCUUUUCCCGGAAAUUGACUGCUCUUUAUACAAAAUCUACACUUAUUGGAGAAGAUGUGAAUCCCUUAGUCAAGCUGGAUGAUACUCAAAAUGUUGAAGAGAUAAUAACAGAUACUUCUACCAACUAUCUUCUGUGUAUCUGUGAACAUAAGGAAACUGUUAAGGACAAUAAAAAGGGGAACAUUUUCAUUGGCAUUGUGGGAGUGCAGCCUGCCACAGGUGAGGUUGUGUUUGAUAGUUUCCAGGACUCUACUUCUCGUUUAGAGCUGGAAACCCGGUUAUUGUGCCUGCAGCCGGUGGAGCUGCUGCUUCCUUCAGACUUGUCGGAGCCAACAGAGUUGCUCAUCCACAGAGCAACAGCUGUAAGUGUCCGGGAUGACAGAAUUCGUGUAGAAAGGAUGGAAAACAUUUAUUUUGAAUACAGCUAUGCCUUCCAGGCAGUUACAGAGUUUUAUGCAAAAGAUGAAGUUGACAUUAAAGGUUCUCAGUGUUUUUCUGGCAUCAUAAACUUGGAGAAGCCUGUGAUUUGCUCUUUAGCUGCUGUAAUAAGAUACCUCAAAGAAUUUAACUUGGAAAAGAUGCUCUCCAAACCACAGAAUUUUAAACAGUUGUCAAGUGAAAUGGAAUUUAUGACACUUAAUGGAACAACAUUAAGGAAUCUGGAAAUCCUACAGAAUCAGACUGACAUGAAAACCAAAGGAAGUUUACUUUGGGUUUUAGACCAUACUAAAACUUCAUUUGGGCGACGGAAGUUAAAGAAGUGGGUGACCCAGCCACUCCUUAAAUUAAGGGAAAUAAAUGCCCGGCUUGAUGCUGUAUAUGAAGUUCUCCAUUCAGAAUCUGGUGUGUUUGGUCAGAUAGAAAAUCAUCUACGUAAAUUGCCCGACAUAGAGAGAGGACUCUGUAGCAUUUAUCACAAAAAAUGUUCUACCCAAGAGUUCUUCUUGAUUGUCAAAACCCUUAAUCACCUGAAGUCAGAAUUUCAAGCAUUAAUACCUGCUGUUAAUUCCCAUGUUCAGUCAGAUUGGCUCCAAACAUUUAUUAUAGAAAUUCCGGAACUCCUCAACCCAGUGGAACAUUACUUAAAGAUACUUAAUGAACAAGCUGCCAAAACUGGGGAUAAAACUGAAUUAUUCCAAGACCUUUCUGACUUCCCUUUAAUCAAAAAGAGGAAGGAUGAAAUUCAGGAAGUUAAAGAUAAGAUCCAAAUACAUUUGCAGGACAUAAGAAGAAUACUAAAAAAUCCUUCUACACAAUUUGUGACAGUAUCAGGACAGGAGUUUUUGAUUGAAAUGAAGAACUCUGCUCUAUCUUGUAUACCAGCUGAUUGGGUUAAGGUUGGAAGCACAAAAGCUGUGAGCCGCUUUCACUCUCCUUUUAUUAUAGAAAAUUACAGACAUCUGAAUCAGCUCCGGGAGCAGCUGGUCCUUGACUGCAAUGCUGAAUGGCUAGAUUUUCUAGAGAAUUUCAGUGAACAUUAUCACUCCUUUUGUAAAGCAGUGCAUCACCUAGCAACUAUUGACUGCAUUUUCUCCCUCACCAAGGUCGCUAAGCAAGGAGAAUACUGCAGACCAACUGUACAAGAAGAAAGGAAAAUUAUAAUCAAAAAUGGCCGACACCCUGUAAUUGACAUGUUGCUGGGAGAACAGGAUCAAUAUGUUCCCAAUAGUACCAAUUUGUCAGGGGACUCAGAGAGAGUAAUGAUAAUUACUGGACCAAACAUGGGUGGAAAGAGCUCCUACAUAAAACAAGUUGCGUUGAUUACUAUUAUGGCUCAGAUUGGCUCUUAUGUUCCUGCAGAGGAAGCAACAGUUGGGAUUGUGGACGGCAUUUUCACCAGGAUGGGUGCUGCAGAUAACAUAUGUAAAGGACGGAGUACAUUUAUGGAAGAACUGACUGACACAGCAGAAAUAAUAAGAAAGGCAACAUCACAGUCCUUGGUUAUCUUGGAUGAAUUGGGAAGAGGAACAAGCACCCAUGAUGGAAUCGCCAUUGCUUAUGCUACACUUGAGCAUUUUAUUACAGAUGUGAAAUCUUUGACCCUGUUUGUCACCCAUUAUCCGCCAGUUUGUGAACUAGAAAAAAGUUACUCACAACAGGUGGGAAAUUAUCACAUGGGAUUCUUGGUCAAUGAAGAUGAAAGCAAACAGGAUUCAGGUAAAGAAGAAGAUCAAAUCCCUGACACUGUUACUUUUCUUUAUCAAAUAACUAGAGGAAUUGCAGCAAGAAGUUACGGACUAAAUGUGGCUAAACUAGCAGAUGUUCCUGCAGAAGUAUUAAAGAAAGCAGCUCAUAAAUCAAAAGAGCUUGAAGGAUUAGUAAAUAUGAAAAGGAAAAGACUAAAGUAUUUUGCAAAUUUAUGGAGGAUAAAUGAUGCAAAAGACCUGCAAGAAUGGACAGACGAGUUUGAAAUGGAAGAAAUUACCGACUUCUCCUCCUGAUUAAAACAAAGACUAUGUUUUUGAACAAAAAAAAAAUACAGAAUUAAAAAUACCACCUGAACAAAACAGCUCCCCAGUAACAGCUCAUCUUUGACAUGUGAGCACCACAAAAUCAUGACCAUGGUGCAUCCCCACUGGAAACUGGGAGGGUUGUGUGGAAAGCCAUUGUCAGGGUCCUGUCUCCCUGACUUUUACACAUAUGAACUCUUUUGAAUAUUACCACUUGUGCUAUGUAAUUAGAAAUUUUCAGGUCAGUAAGCUUCACAUAAAAUCAAAACCUAAAUAAAGCCUAAAGUGGUAUAAUAUAAUUUAUGAACUUUUAGAGAGUGGUGUAAAAUUUAACUCAUUUUUAUUUGCUUCAGUUCAGAUGAUUUGCAACUAGAUGAAAUGUCUGGCAGGAAUCUACCUUUUCAUUUUAACUAAAAUGAUUUUGUAAAGCCACCAAUUUAUUCACCAUAAGAAUUUUUAAUAAGAAAUAGAAUUAUCAAGCUUUCAGAAGCUAUAGCAAACAAGGAAUAAGGUAAUAUGAAAUUUGAAAAAUUAAAUAUUGUCACAGUCUUAAGCAGUUCAAAGGUUGUUGGAUAAAAUUGUUUGUCAUUCAUUCAAGUAAUAAACAUUCAAUUAAUACCUACUAUAAAUCAUGAUAUGGCCGGUUAAGUAUUUAAGGUUUUUAAAUAGCUGGCGUUUGUCAGUUUUUAGGUUUACUUAGGCAACCAAAGUUGCUACUCCUACCAGAGCAAUAUGUGGAACUGAAUUUAUUAAUUUUGGACCUUUCUAUUAACUAAUAUCGUGUCUUAGUUUGCCAGGGCUGCUAUGAUAAAUACCGGUCAACAAGUUGGCUUAAAUAACAGGAAUUUAUUGUCUCACAGCUUGGGGGUUAGAAGCCCAAAAUCAAGGUCUCAACAGGUCAUGAUUUCUCCUAGAGUCUGUAAUAUUCUAGUGCUGGUUUGCCACAGUUUUUGGGGUUCUCUGCCUCUGUUACAUGGGGAUCUGCCUUAUUAUCUGGCUUCUUCUGAUAUCUGGUGUGAUGGUUUAAAGCUGUAUGUACCUCAGAAAAGAUUAUGUUCUUUUAAUCCAUUCCUGUGGGUGUGGACCUAUGGUAGAUGGGACCUUUUGAUCAGGUUAUUUCAGUUGAGGCCUUCCCCAGGGUGGGUCUUAAUCCUUGACUACUGGAGUCUUUUAUAAGAGGAUAGAACACAUAAAGAAGCUCACAGGAAAAAUCCCCAGAAGGGUGAGAGAGGACACACAGAAAACAGAGAGGAAGCCACUGAAGCUAGAAGCUGAAAGCAAUGAAACCAGGAGAGAAGGACCAGCAGAUAUCACCAAGUGCCUGCCAUGUGACAGGGGAGCU